AUGACACAUGUUAGAAUCGAAAGUGGAUGCAUGCAGAAAUCUGUGGCAAAGAACGAAGAGGAUGACUCUGACGAUACAAAAACGUCGUGGGGGGCGAAGAACGGAGGGGAUCUGUUGGAGCCGAUCCUGGCAAUGGCAGAGGAGAGUUUUGAAACUGUGAACAGCUUGGAGUUGAAAGAAGCAGAAGCGCGACAGACUGUGGAGGAGCUUGUUUUGGCAGGAGAAAGAGGCACCAUGACAGAGAAUGUUACGGACGAGUCUGUGCGAGUCUUGGAUGGAUGGAAGCAGCAGCUUUUGCAUGCGCAAAAGGAAAGUGACGUACUUAGUGUUGAAGCCCCAGAGCAGAAGGUGAUUAGCCUUGUCAUAUCGUUGCUGGAGUGGCUGCAGGGCUCUCGAUCUCUGUUUUACGAUGAAAUUCUUCCUCUCCAAGACCUUCGGAUGCUUUGGCCACUUUCGUACUUAAAAACCCACGAGAAGGUGGUGCUCGAGUGGACAGAGCGAGUGCACAAGUGCGUGGCCGACAAACACGCCCGUGUGAGCGAGCUCCAAACGUUGCUGGAUAGUGGAAGUGGACUAUUACUGGAGCAGGGCACCUUCAAGAUUGUGAUGGAUGAAGCUAAGAAGGCAAGAGUGUGGCUUUCCAAGUUAAAAAAGCGCUUGCGAGCUUUGAUAACAAAGGGCGUGGGCAGAAUGAGCUUGAGUGCUGCCCGUUCGUUGGUGGAGGAGGGCGAGGACAUCGCAAUUGACAUGCCCGUGUUUGACUUCCUCAAGGAGCAUCUGGAGAUCGCGAGUGAUUGGGAGACUCGCGUGCUGGCGUCCGGAAUCGAGUCAGGUCAAGCAAGAGUUGCGAAUUUGCUGGCGUUGCUGAAUGAGUACGAGUGCGCUCGCCUGGUGAUUGACCUCGACAUGCAUCGUGAUGUCCUGAAGUCUGCCACGGAGCGCUAUUGUAUCUGUCGCCAACCUUUUGACGGGUUAAUGAUCGGGUGUGAUCACUGCGAUGAUUGGUUCCACGACUGCUGUAUUGGUAUGUCCAAGGAGAAGGCUGAGAAGGUGGAGCGCUAUACCUGUCCGUCCUGUACGAUUUUGCAGGAGCUUGGAGCGAUGCUUCAGCAUGCGAAGACAGCGGAAAAGCAAAAUAAUUUGUGGGAUAUGCAGGAAUACGCAAGGGCUUUCGAGAAGCAUCAGGCGAGUGCAUUGCGCAAGGUCAAACGCGAAGAAAAGACCGUCGAGCGCACCGAAAUGCUGCUGUUUAGCUGCAAUAACCAGAUGAACCAGCUCCGGGCUCGAAUUGACGACAUCGAGCGUGCGAAAGCUUGUUUGUCUCUUAAACCAGUUGCAGGGACUGGUGCUCUUGGACAGCAGCAUGCAUUGAGGCAAGCGCCAGAGAAACCUUCUCCUGUCCCGACGCCGCAAUUAUUGAAUCCGAUGGCUGCCACGUUGAUGGGGAGUACGGAGCGGUUAGCAGCGCUAGUGGUUGCCGGUGGCGUUGAACAGCAGCUCACGAAGAUGAAGAGUGAGCACGUCGAGGCAAGCAAACAGGUGCUCGAGCUUCAGAGUUCAUUGCGUCUUAGUCGCGAGCGUCUGGCGAAUGCGCAGCAAGCUCUUCGUGAACUGUCCGAUAUAUUCCACGCUCGACAUCGUAUGCUUCCGUAUGCCCAGGCCUGGGUGCGACAAGCUGUGACGUUGCUGAAUACUACGACCUCCUUGUCGCGUGCGAACAUCGACAACUCGACGUUUCUCCCUCGGGAAUAUGCAACUGCGCUCUCUGAAAUGGAACAUCCUCCAGCGUCGGCCUCUGCGUCAAGCCCAACUCCAACACCAGAGUCGAUGGGCAUCGAUAAGCUGUUUCCUGGCGUGGAUAUGUACGCGCGAUUACUACGCACGGUGCCAUGGAGCCAAGUGGUGGUGUCUUUAUUGCAGGAGCGGCCAUCACGCUGCGAGAUUAACGAUGCUAUUGCGUACGCCUUGGAGUACGGAUUGUGGGAGGACAAGAAGACUGUGGCCCCGCUUCGUAGCGUGAUUGGUCGCGUGGACGCGUGGGUCUCUCGUGCACACAAGUGCAUGACCAAGAGCGCGAGUAAAACGCAGCAGCUGUCGCGAUUGAAGGUGCUGAUGAACGAGUACUCGAAGCUCCCACUGACGUACGCGAGAAGCGCAGAACCCUUAGAAGUUUACGUGAAGUCGUUGACAGGCGAAGCGGCCGCCGUGAAGGCCUUGGAUGAAGCGAUGCAGGCGCCGCGGAAGAGGAAGGCGUACACUCGCAAGGAAAAGGCCCCCGCUCGCUCCACCAAAAAGGCGAAGAAAUCACAAGGUGCUUCUGGAGCUGCGGGCUCCGUUUCGUCAUCGACCAACUCUGCAGCAAACGUAAAAGUAGAGUCGACGACCAGGGCGGCUCACACAGGUAGUAGCACGUCAACAUGA